AUGGAAAGGCUUCAUCUGCAUAUACAAAAGCUCCAGAUUGAAUUGGCUGAUGUAAGAGAAAAGAGUGGAAGUAAAUCUGAUGUAUCAAGUAACUCACAAACAGGUUCGAAGGAUGCUUCUCAUGUUGGACGGAGCAAUGAUAGCCAAGUGAACGGAAAUUUUACGCCACUGGAGAACUGUGGCAGCCUGCAACAUGAAAAUGCUGAGACUACUUUAUCUUUACCUUCAGGAGGGAACACAUCAAUGCAGGUUAAGGUUAAUAACACUAUUGCAGUAUCAAUAUCAGCUUCAGAUUUAAACAUUCUUGGCGUUUACUUAAUGCAUGAGUCAUGA